CAUCCCAUGGCAGAAUAUACUGAUACAGUACUACCACCAUGUCCUCACCUAUCAGCACAAUUCCACUAGCAUCACAAGUUGGCGGACAUGCUGGCGUUCUCACAAGUGAAGACGGAUCGCUCCUGAUCAAACCUGCUUUACCGCUAGAGCAUCAUUUCUACCAGACCCUCAAUACCAAUCCUGCAUUUGACGCCCUUCGACCGUUUAUCCCAAAGUUCCUUGGCACCCUCAAACUUCAGGGUGAACUCGAUGAAGCCAAUCAGGGAUUAGAGCCAGGUAACGGAAUUGCGGUGAAGCAGUUUCCCGAAGGGCACCAGAAAGAGUCCCUUGUGCUAGAGAAUCUGUCACACCCAUUCACUAGACCCAAUAUUUUGGACAUAAAGCUCGGGACUGUAUUGUAUGAUGAGGAUGCGUUACCCGAAAAAGUUGCUAGGAUGGAAAAGGUUGCUAGAGAAACGACAUCCUUUGAGACAGGCGUCCGGCUAACAGGUUUCCAAGUACACGAUCACGCUACCAUGGAAGCCAUUAACACUCCCAAAUCCUACGGUAAAUCCAUCAAGUCGUCUGAUCUUCCUGAAGGUAUCGCACGUUUCUUCCCCGCUCUCGCUCCCCAUACCACACAAGGCCUACCUUCGAAGCUUCUCGUACCUGUACUCAAAGCCCUUCGUGAAGACAUCGCAGAGAUACGUGAGGCCUUUGCUGACGUGGAGAUGAGGGUGGUCGGCGGCAGUUUGCUCAUCAUUUACGAGGGAGACUUGAUCAAGGCCGAGGACGGGGUGAAAUGGAUGUUGGAGGAAGAGGAGGAGGAAGAUGACGAAGACGAGGACGAUGACGAUGAGAAACCCAAGCGAGGGCCUCCUUAUAUCGUCAAACUGAUCGAUUUCGCUCAUACUCGGUUUGUACCGGGGAACGGGCCUGAUGAGGGGGUGUUGAAGGGCUUUGACACGGUUCUGAGCCUUUUAGACGGAAGGCUAAGGGAAGUAGAAUUAGCAUGAGGUGGUAUCUCGCAUACAAAUACUUAUUAGUGAAUGUAUAAAUUUCAGCAGUUGUAUGUUAGAGCAACAAUCACCGAAGGACAUUAGCAGCUAACCAUCGUCUUUGAGUACAGUCAUCACCCGGUCGGAUGUACAGGCAAAUUUCCGAUGGAUUUUAAAACCUCCCUCAUCCAUUUUUCAUCCAGUAAAGUAUAUAAUAAUGUCAAAGCUAUGUUUAAGACUAU